GUACAAUGGGUCGAAGAGUUUGAAAGAUAUAAGCAAUUUCCAGAAUUUAAAAUCAAAAAUAAGGAUAUGACUUUAAAAGAGUUCAAAUUCAUCUGGCAUAUGGAAUACGGACACAGGCAAUGGGGAAGAGCCAUAGGAGCGUUUUUUUUAAUCCCAGCAGCUUAUUUCUGGAUCAGAGGUAGACUGACAUCGCCAAUGAAGAAAAAAAUUUUAUUGUUUGGAUCUCUCAUUGGAGCACAGGGCUUGAUGGGUUGGUAUAUGGUAAAAUCUGGUCUUGAAGACCGCUUUCAUGAAGCGAGCGAUGUACCAAGGGUAUCUCAAUACAGGUUGGCGUCGCAUCUUACUUUAGCGUUUGUACUCUAUGCAGCAUUCUUAAGAUCUGCUUUGGAAAUUUUAACGCCGGCUCAUAGUAUAACUUCAGAUAGUAAGAAAGUACUUUCACAAUAUAGGAAGUUUAGAAUGCUGGCACAUUCCGCAAAAGGGCUGAUAUUUAUUACUGCCAUUUCAGGUGCAUUUGUAGCUGGUCUAGAUGCCGGACUAGUUUACAACUCGUUUCCCAAAAUGGCGGAUAAAUGGAUACCAGAUGAUAUAUUAGCACUAAAACCAAAAUUUUGUAAUUUUACUGAAAAUCCUACGACCGUACAGUUUGAUCACAGAAUUCUAGGCACAACUACGUUAAGUGUGAUAACAAUUUUAUAUAUUUUAUCGAAGAAACGAGUAUUGCCACCAAAAGCCUACAAAGCAGCAUCAGUAUUAGCAGUUCUGGGGUACCUACAAGUUGCAUUGGGCAUAACCACCUUAUUAACAUAUGUACCAGUCAGUAUAGCUGCUUCCCACCAAACUGGCUCACUUGCCGUUCUGUCAGCCGCGAUAUGGUUGACGCACGAAUUAAAAAGGUUGCCUAAAUAA